UAUUAUACAUAUUCUGUGAUGAUCAAAGAGUAUUACGGGUUUCAGUAGGGCGUAUUUUGCAAGGUUAUUGCCUGGUUAUUGCGUGUUAUGCCAGCUGAUUGCCAGUGACAAGCAAUUUACAGAUGGAAACCAUUGAAAUUUUACCUGAAAAUAUUAAAAUAGAAGAGGGGGAGCUAGUGCCUCCAGAAGCAGUGUAUAUAAAAACUGAGGAGACUACAACAGAACUAGUGGUAAAUCAAGAACAUGAUGAUGGUAAUGAUGAUGAUGUGGUGGGGGACCAAGUUAAAAAUUUCAAAGAAGGUAAUGAGCCUUGCUUCGUAACAAGUGAAGUUAAAGUGGAAGAUGAUGAUGAGGAGGAACUCAAGCCACCAGUUGCUGUGUUUGUGGAUGCCAAUGAGGAAUCCAACGAUGGGGUUGAGCAGGAUCAGGUGGAUCCGUUGGCAAUGUACAAUGAAAUGUGGAGAACAGACCUGGUUAGUCAUAUGCAGUUCCGUCGUUCUGGACGUCUUCAUCAGUGUUCUGUCUGUCAAAAGACCUUCAAACGUAGGAGUUACUUAGUUAUGCACAUGCGGGUCCACACCGGGGAACGUCCGAAUGUAUGCUCAAUCUGCCAAAAAAGCUUCUCACAGAAAAGUGCUUUAGUUAGGCAUAUGCGAGUCCACACUGGGGAACGCCCUCAUGAAUGUUCCGUCUGCCAGAAGAACUUCUCAGAGAGGCGUUCUUUAGAGACACACAUGCGUAUCCACACCGGGGAACGUCCUCAUGAAUGCUCUGUCUGCCAGAAGAGCUUCUCAGAGAGGCGUAUUUUAGAAAUGCACAUGCGAAUUCACACUGGUGAACGCCCUUAUGAAUGCUCAGUUUGCCAAAAGCGUUUCACGCAGAGAAGUUCUGUAGUUACGCACAUGCGUACUCACACUGGGGAGCGGCCUCAUGAAUGCUCCGUCUGCCAGAAGCGCUUCUCUGAGAGAGGUACUUUAGUAACGCACAUGCGGAUCCACAGUGGAGAAUGUCCUUAUGAAUGCUCUGUCUGCGAGAAGAGCUUCCCGUAUAAAAGUACUCUCAUUAAGCAUAUGCAGACCCACAAUGAUGAACAUCCUCCUGAAUGAGCCAAAGGCGAUUCUCACCGAUCAGUGAAGAGAAGCAUUUGCAUAUCCACGAAUCUGAAUGUCGUUAUUGCUUUCCUCAAGCACAUUUCUGCAUAAAACGUCCCUAGCGAAGUUCGUACAAAUCCACUGGAGUCAACAACCACUGUGAAUCACCCAAAUGGUUGAGAACAGAAAUGGGACACUCCUCUGUGAAGGUCAUGUUUUGAGCUUGUGAUAUUGGAAAAUUGCUUUCAGG